CUCAACGUUUGCAAUCUCGGAGCUCAGGUUCCCACAAACAGCAGGUGGCAUUCUGACAUCCACGGAGGCUGCGAUUCUCUUCAGCGCUACGGAGGAAUCUCUAGAGACGAAAAGAAUUCAGAGCUCAGCCAAUUCCAUGAGCAGCAACGACGGUGUGGAGCUGAAGAGUAUGACAGCCCCCCCAGGUGAGGGCUACAGCAACACCGGCUUCCAGAAUGAAGACGCCUUUGAUGAAAGCCAGAACACAUCAGGAAAUAACUCGCUAAGGUGUAGAGUCGAGCAAAACAGAGAACACAAAACGGCCAAGCAGGACGAAGAGCAGAUCACCAUUGAGCAGGAUUCUUUAAGAAACAAAGAAGAUGAGGAGGAGAAUGCAGAGACACAUCAAAAAGGGUAUCUGGAAAGGAAGUAUGAUACGGUUUGUGAUUUUUAUAAGAAACACAAAACCACCGUUUGGUACAUCAUCUGGGGCAUCUUAAUACUAGGUUACCUGGCGAUGGUGAUUGCAGCUUGUGUGCUGAACUUUCAGAGAGCCCUUCCCCUUUUCGUGAUCACCGUGGCCGCCAUCUUCUUUAUAGUCUGGGAUUACUUUAUGGCCAAAUAUGAGCAUCGAAUCGAUGAGUGCCUGUCUCCUGGCAAAAGGGUCCUAAACAGACACUGGUCCUGGAUGAAGUGGGUGAUUUGGACCAUACUGAUCCUGGUAGUUAUUCUCUGGCUGAUCUUUGACACCGCCAAAUUGGGCCAACAGCAGCUGGUGUCCUUUGGUGGCCUCAUAAUGUAUAUUAUCCUGAUAUUUCUAUUUUCCAAGUACCCAACCAAAGUUUCCUGGAGGCCUGUCUUUUGGGGAAUUGGGUUACAGUUUCUUCUUGGGCUCUUAAUCCUGAGGACUGAACCUGGAUUUAUGGCUUUCGAUUGGUUGGGCCAACAAGUUCAGACCUUCUUGGAAUAUACGAACGCUGGUGCUGAGUUUGUCUUCGGUGAGACAUAUGCAGAACACUUAUUUGCAUUUAAGGUCCUGCCCAUCGUGGUUUUCUUCAGCACCGUAAUGUCCAUGCUCUACUACCUCGGAUUGAUGCAGUGGGUCAUUAGAAAGGUUGGAUGGGUAAUGCUAGUUACUAUGGGAUCGUCUCCUAUUGAAUCUGUAGUUGCUGCUGGCAAUAUAUUCGUUGGACAGACGGAGUCUCCACUGCUAGUCCGACCAUACUUACCACACAUCACCAAGUCUGAACUCCACGCAAUCAUGACUGCUGGGUUCUCUACCAUAGCUGGAAGUGUGUUAGGUGCAUAUAUCUCUUUUGGGGUUUCAGCCUCCCACCUGUUAACCGCCUCAGUCAUGUCUGCACCUGCAUCCUUGGCCGUGGCAAAACUCUUUUGGCCUGAGACAGAAAAACCUAAAAUAACCCUCAAGAACGCCAUGAAAAUGGAAAGUGGUGAUUCAAGGAACCUCCUAGAAGCCGCAACACAGGGAGCAUCCUCUUCCAUCCCCCUGGUGGCAAACAUAGCUGUGAAUCUGAUUGCCUUCCUGGCCCUAUUGUCUUUUGUGAAUGCAGCCCUGUCCUGGCUUGGAAACAUGUUUGACUACCCACAACUGAGUUUUGAGAUAAUAUGCUCCUACAUCUUCAUGCCCUUUUCCUUCAUGAUGGGAGUAGACUGGCAAGACAGCUUUAUGGUUGCUAAACUCAUAGGCUACAAGACAUUUUUCAAUGAAUUUGUGGCUUAUGAACACCUCUCAAAAUUGAUCAGUUUAAGAAAGGAGGCUGGACCCAAAUUUGUGGACGGUGUGCAGCAAUAUAUGUCGAUUCGUUCUGAGACGAUUGCCACCUAUGCUCUCUGUGGCUUUGCUAAUUUUGGUUCCCUAGGAAUAGUGAUCGGCGGACUCACAUCCAUGGCUCCUUCCAGAAAACGUGAUAUCACCUCAGGGGCAAUGAGGGCGCUGAUCGCGGGGACCGUCGCCUGCUUCAUGACAGCCUGCAUUGCAGGAGUACUCUCCAGCACCCCCGUAGACAUCGACUGCCAUCGCAUUUUAGAGAAUGCCUUCAACUCCAGUCUACCUGCAAACACAACCGAUGUGGUAUCUUGUUGUCAAACUCUAUUGGACAGCACUAUUAUCAACGGUCCUGGUGAGGUCAUCCCAGGAGGAAACCACAGCUUGUCUUCUUUAAGGGGCUGCUGCACACUGUUGACACCACCAACACUGAACUGCAGCUGGAUCUCUAAUGCAUUUUGAGUUCAGCUACUUCUCCAAUGGAACUCUAGGUACAGAUGCUGAAUUUUCUUCUUUGGGGAGGAAAAAAACACUAUUCUUCACAGAUGGAUAUUUCUAUCAUGGAGUCAGCGAGGAAAAACAGGAGUGAACCCUUCAGAUCUCCAGCACCAUCUUCCUCUCCUUCCCUCCCUUCUGCAAACCCUUCCCCACUGAGAACUACUAUGAUAUCUCAAGAUGACCUGUUGUCUCCAGUCCCAAAGAUGUUUCCUGACCCUAGAAUUUUAUGCCAUUUUACCAGAAUACAGGUCUAAAUGAUGGCUCACAACAACGGGGCCACACCCAGAGUGGCUUACUUCUAACACAUCUCAGGAGAGGUCACUGCAUUCACCCUGGCUCACGGGAAACAGCCGGAACUUGACUCUCACACGGAGUAGGAUCAGUCAUUCAUCACCCACUCAUUGCCUGCCCUGAGGAAGUCCUACAGAAAUCAAGAGUCCUUUAGGAGAGCAUUUAGACCGUUCCAAAACCAGGUUUUAAAUCCUGUAUGCUUAGAAAGUUAUACCAGUCAGCUUACUCUAAAUUUCCUGCAAUAAGAAAUAAGCCAAAAACCUUGGCAACUUACAAGUUUAUUUUUCCCUUGCACCUUAUGCUUAGUGAGGGUCAGUUUUGGCUGUGUUUCAUGUUGUCUUCACUUCCAGGACCCAGGCUAAAGAACCAGCCACUAUGUGAGGUAUGUUGGGGGGGGGGGGGGUAGCU